CGUCGCAGGUCUUCAGGCACAGUCGCCAUCUUGUCUUCGUCGAAAAAGUACCGAGAACCGCGACGAGCCGCGACAGAGAAUCAAACGUUCAGCCCGGUGUUGUGAGCGAGCUGCCCGGGGCGGAGGGUUGUGUGUUCGGGUUCAUGAACUGUGUUGUCCCGGGGCUAUGGUGCUGAACCAGCCGCUGUAGGUUUCCCGGGUCUCCGAGCUCAAAGAUGGAGGACAGCGCGGCCAGAGAAGACGCCUGCCGGGAGUACCAGUCCUCCCUGGAGGACCUGACGUUCAACAGCAAGCCGCACAUCAACAUGCUGACCAUCCUGGCCGAGGAGAACCUGACCUUCGCCAAGGAUAUCGUCGCAAUAAUUGAAGCUCAAAUCAGCAAGGCCCCCGCUGCAGAGAAGCUUCCAGUUUUGUACUUAGUGGAUUCCAUAGUGAAGAAUGUUGGAGGAGAGUACCUUGCUGUGUUUGCUAAAAACCUAAUCACUUCAUUUAUAUGUGUCUUUGAAAAGGUGGAGGAAAACACCAGAAAGAGUCUGUUUAAGCUGCGCUCUACAUGGGACGAGGUCUUCCCCCUGAAGAAGCUGUACGCGGUGGACGUGCGCGUCAACUCAGUGGACCCGGCGUGGCCUAUCAAGCCUUUGCCGCCCACCGUUAACGCCAGCAUUCAUGUCAACCCCAAGUUUUUAAAGCAGUCUGAGGAGGCCUCUUCUCCGCAGCCGGCUCCCUCCCAGCCCCCGGCGCCGGUGUCAGCCGCGGUGGUGGCGCCGGCUCCCCAGCCGGUCCCAGCGGUCAGCCAGUCCAGCGUGACCCAGGAGCAGCUCAUCCGACAGCAGCUGCUGGCCAAACAGAAACAGCUUCUUGAGCUUCAGCAGAAGAAGAUCGAGCUGGAGCUGGAACAGACUAAAGCUCAGCUGGCCGGAGGAUUCACAUUACCCACACCGCCUUCAGCCUCUUCUCCAGCUGCUCCGACCAUGACGCCAAAGGCCCUCAGCCAGAAUGCCCCUGUGGUCCGACCCUGGAUCCCUCCUCAGACUCAGUCUGACACCAAGACGACCACCAGAGACCCUCGUCUGAACCGCAUCGGCCCCCCAGCUGCGUCCCAGACCAAAGAACAGCCUGCUGGGAAAAAAGACAGUCUCCAAAAAGGAAGUCCUGCCCUGACGCCUGAGAAACGGCAGCCGGAGAAAUCCUUCAGACCGGAAAAGACCAGAACCCCAAGGAAAGAGACGUCGGAAGAGAAGAUCAAGUCCAAGUCUCUGUCUCCGAUGACCAAAAGCAUCCAAAGCAAAAACAAACAGGUUGAGGCUGAAGGUCAGAAAUCAUCUGACGGCUCCAAAAAAGAUCCACGGCUGAGGAAACGCACACAGGUCAAGAGCGGAGAGAGCAAAGACGAAGAGCUGAAGGAGAAGAAGAGAUGCAACGACAAGAAGGAGAGAGAGGAGGCGGUACUGGGGGCGGAGCUGCAGAGGUUCAGCAAAGGGAAGCUGGCGAAUGGGUUCGUCAUCAAACACGAGCGCGAGGAGGCAGAGAAGGUCGAGUUCAAAAGUGGAGGCAACGCCAGAACACACGCCAGGAAGCGGACACGCUCCAGGUCUCGCUCGCCCACCUCCUCCCCGAAGAGGAAGGAUAGGCGCUCGCCCAAAGGCAGAGCCAGGAGCAGCUCGCUGUCCCCGUCACCCUCUCACAAACCAGUGAAACCCCGGAGGGUCCGUGUAGAUGAACCGCUGCAUGGCAAGCCCGGCCGAGAUGACCGGGUCACACUCAAGAAGAGCCAAUCAGAGAGCAGGAGGUCGAAGAGACCACAGGACGAUCGACACUCCGAGUCCAGAGACUCUCACUCGCCCCGUAGUCAUGAUGGAAGUGGGAAGGAGACGAAGGAGGCUCCUCAUCGCUGGAGGAGCGGCUGGCAGGAGAACAAACAUUUGAAGUCGCCAGAAGACGCCUCCAUGAAGCCUGGACCCCAGAGACACAAACCAUACACCCCCCCGACCCGCCCCCCCACCCCCCGAACCAUGAAGCACCGCCUCAGCGUGGACGCCAACCUGCAGAUACCUGAAGCCCUCAACGCCGCCUCCAAGAAGGACCUGCUGAGGAGGGCCAGUAAACGUCUGGAGAGCGGGGAGAUUUCUCAAGAGGAAUUCCUCAACGUGGCGCACCAGAUCAAACAUUUCUUCCAGUAUCAGGAGGAGAAGCUGCAGCGCUCGGAGAGCUGGGACGGCUCUGGUAACUUUGCCAAGAAACAGCCGCUGCUGGCCGCGCCCGCCUCCCAGCCCCGCCCCCACGAUGCCAUGGACGCCGCAGAGCUGUCGUACUACGAGCACAAGUCCAAGCUCAGGAAGACGCAGGUCACCCACCGAGUGGCCGGAGAGGAGUGGGAGGGCGAGGAGAAUGUGGAGGAUGUGGAUGUAACAGGCGUAGGCGAGAAGACAGGUGGGGGCCGGAGCAUUGGAGGACACCCACCGCCACAUAAAUACAGCCGAGCGCCACGAGACAGACAAGGUGAAAGACGGAGUAAAGAACGAGAAGAGUCGCGGCCUCCGCUCGGCCCCAUGAUCGAAGAGUACAACCACGGCAAAGAGUUCCCAACCCUCAAGUCUCUGCCGGGCCUUCGCUUCCGGAGACGAGCCGACCCCCGAGACUCCAGUGAGAGAGAGUGGAACUCGCCGCUGACAGAGCGCCAGCGCGAGGAGCAGAAGAGCGGAUACGACGCUCCACGGAGGUACACGCCCUCUGUUGACCCCAGACAUCCUGACCCCCGGAGGCCGGAGGGGCCCCUUCCCUCCGGCACAGUGGUUCACAGGAACUGUCCCAGUCCGAACGGUCCGGACGCCCCCACUCCGAGGUUCGAGCGUGAGCGCCUGUCACCUCUUCACCAGAAGGACUCGGCUGAGAUGAGCCCGGUCCCGCGCUUUGAGAGCCCCAACAGUGAACAUUCUGAUGAAGGGCCCCUCAAACCGGAUGUCCCCCCUCCACAAGCUCCCCUCCUCCCCAUCCUCAAGGCCCCAGCGCGUGUUGGACCCCUGUCGUCUGUCCGACAGCAGAGCAACUCGCCGGGACACACCCCCCCUCACGAAGCAGGGCCUCCGCAGUCCAGGUAUGAUGGCCCAGAACACAUAGCCCCCCCCAGACCCCACCCUCUCGGCUGGUACGAUGACUCCUCACAGUUCGAAGGGCCUCAACCCCAGGGGCCAGUCAGGUUCGAUGGCGGCAGACCACAUCACAACAUACCGGAGAGGUUUGACGGCCCAGACGGCACCCACCUGCCCCACGGUCCAAUGAGAGGCGGAGACGGGAUGGGGAGGUUCGAGGUUCACCCCCACCCUCAAGGCCCCGGGAGGUUUGAUGGUGCCAUUGGCCAACAGCCCCCAGUGCGAUUUGGGGCUCAGGGGCCGGGACAUUUUGAGGGGCCAAUGCAGCACUUUGAACCACCAAGACGCUUUGACAACAACAUGGCCCCUGGACCAAUGGGCUUCCAGCAGCAGCAGGCUUUGCGUUUCGAAGGCCCUCCCAACCAAAUGGGCCCCAUGAGGUUUGACGGCCCCAAUCACGGGUAUGACAUGCCCAACGUACCCCAUCAGGGUGGACACACACACUUUGAGGGCCCCCCUGGGCAUCAGGGGCCCCCCAGGUUCCCUCCCCAACACAACAUGCAACCACCCAUGAGGCCGAUGGUCCCGCCCAUUUACGACAACCCAAUGAACCCCCAGCAGAACUUCAACAUGGGCCCUCAGUGUUUCCCAGAGCCCAUGAACCCUCAGUUCCCUGCGGGGCCAAUGGCGUUCCCGGCACAGACGGUGAACUUUAACAUGCAGCCGCCAUUCACCCAGCCGGGCCCCGCCCCCUUCUACAACCCUGCCAACCCAGCAAUUGGCCUGCAGCAGCCGGUGAACUUGUUGGGGAACAUGAAUCAACCGUUCCUGCCUCAGAACUCUGUUCCAUACAGACCUCAGACGCCGCAGGUCGUCCCUCCAGAGAACCACUUCGGUCAGGUGGACGUCAACGAGCUCCUGACCAAGCUCCUCUCCACCGGCAUCAUCAAGCCGUCACAGCCCGAGGCGGCGCCGACCACCAGCACCGAAUCUUCGGCCGUUGUGGCGCCGGCGGCUCCGCCAGCAGAGGAGGAGGAAGAGGAGGAGCAGGAGGCGGAGGAGGAGGACGACAUCCCGGACCUGACCAGCUUCACCGUGGAUGAUAUGAAACCGCGUUAUGAGUGCGUGGUGAUGAAGCUGUACUCGGGGAACCAGUGUUGUCUCUGCAGCAUGAGGUUCACCACCGUCCAGACGGACCUGUACGCCGACCACCUCGACUGGCACUUCAGACAGAACCACGCCGGAAAGGUCGCCAGCAAGAAGAUCACACACCGCCGCUGGUACUACAACCUCAAGGACUGGAUCGAGUUCGAGGAAAUCGCCGACCUGGAGGAACGAGCGAAGAGUCACUUCUUUGAGAAAGAGAACGAGGAGGAAGUUCAGAAGAGUCAGGCAGCGGCAAAAGAGAGAGAGAUCCAAAUCGUCAGGGCGACCAAGGACCAAGUGGGAGAGUCAUGUGAAAUCUGUCAGGAGCCGUUUGAGACGUACUGGGUGGAGGAGGAGGAGGACUGGUUCCUGAAGGACGCUGUCAGAGUCGAUGACAAGAAUUUCCAUCCGGCAUGUUUUGAAGAUUAUAAAAAUACGUCUUCGUAUCUGGACGUCACGCCGUCCCCCAGCAAGCUGCUCAGCGAGCACCCGCUCAGCGCCUUCGUGGAGCCCGAGGAGGAGGAGGAGACUUCCUGCUCAGACGCUGCCGCCUCGGUCAAACAGGAAGUGGAACCCGAGGCCCUGGAGCUACUCAACGUGAAACAAGAGGAGGCGGAGCUUUUAAUCGACCAAGUGCAAUCAGAAGAGAAUGUGUGACACGCCUCCUCUGCCGCCGCUGCUCUCAGCCUCCGUCCCUUUUUUCCUUUUUGGAGAAGGUGUUUUUAACGAGCGGAGGUCGAGUCGUCAGCAACGCUCUCGUCAAUACAUUUUUGUAUUUGGAUCCAACCCGACCCUUUCAGGUCGUCUGUUUGUGAACGCCACGUCUGUUUGUUUGACUCAACCUGUAAAUGAUUUAAUUUAUAAUUAAAGUAUUUUUUGAAUCUCUGGUGUUAAAGUGAUUGAUGAUCAGCUGUUGCUGUUAAACUCUGGUGGUUAUCGAUGGUUGGGUUUAUUGAUCUGUUUAUUGGUUGAUGAGUAGUUUCAGGUGUUGAGUUGUUUCCCGCUGCAUUAAAGGUAAGCCAGGUCUGAUUGGCCGACUGGAGACCCCGCCCACUCUUCAGGAUUGGUUCCCAUCAAGGAUCGGAGUCGCCGUCUUUAGUUUUUUUAUGAUUUUCAAUAAACGAGUGAAACUUGUUUGUUCUUGUGUGAUUCUGAUUUAAUAAAGGUUUAUUGUCGUUCAGUUCAAAAAUAAAGUUCCAGUGAAUUUAAA